AAGUCAAAUUUCAUAAGGAAAAACCAAAACCAAAAAUGCAAAUAGAAAAAGAAAACGAAGAGAACGCAAUGGACUCGUUCUUGUGUCCAAGUUUCAGCACUUAUACUUCUAAUAACUUAAACGACGUCGUUCAACAAGUUAUCAACGAAAACGACCACUCCCACUCCCAAAACGACGAUUUCGAAUUCGUUGCUUUUCAAAAAACUUCUCAUGAGGUUCUCUUCGAUCACCGCCGCCGCAAUACGACUCACAGAGUUUUCCCGAUGUUUAACCGUGACGGCGAUAAGAGAAAUCCUGAUGCGGUGGAAGUUUCAGUUCCGUUGCGGCAAUUGAUAAAUCGUGACGCCGACAGAAAGAAAUCCGAUGCGGCGGAGAUUUCGAUUCCGUUACGGAAGUUAAUGAUCGGAGAUGAGAAGCGGAAUAUUUAUCCUCCGUCUCCGUCUUCAUCGGAGGUAGGAGACGAUCUUGAUGCGGUUCCGCCGGGAUCGUAUUGCUCGUGGACACCGAAGUCUCCGAUGUGUUGUCCGAUCAAAUCCAAGAAAAGCAAUUCGACUGGUUCGUCGUCUAAUUCUUCUUCGAAGCGAUGGAAGUUUCUGAGUUUACUCAGACGAAGUAAAAGCGACGGAAAAGAAAAGUUGAUUCUCGUAACUCCGUCAUUAGAAUUUAUGAAGGAAACGAAAGUGGAGAAUUCGAAUGUGAAAAGCGGUGGAAAAGGAAGCGUAGAGAAGAGCUUUGCCAAAGUUGUCGGAAAAAAGACUCCGGUAACGGAGAGGAAUAUUCCGGCACCGGUGACGGCAAUGGAAGCGUUUUAUUUAAGAAAAAAAGAGAUUAAGAGAAAAGCUUAUUUACCGUAUAAGCAAGAGUUAAUUGGUUUUGGUGUUGGUUUUAAUGCUAAUAUUGGAAGAGGUUUUCCUCUUCAUGUUUGAUUAGUUUUACUUCAAAUUUUAACUAGUUUUAGUCUAAAUAGAUACUGAGAAACAAAUGGCGGCCAAAAGUUUUAAUUUUUGUCAG